UUUUGCUUAUAUACUCUAAUAAAAACAAUUUAAUAGCGUAUACAUAUUCCUAAGACUCGUCUUGCUGAUGAUAUGAAGAUGGGCGAAAAGGACCAGGAUAUAAAAAGCCCUAUGAAAAGAGUGGGAUCAACUAGAAAGAUCGUAAUGUUUAGUAGCAUUCGUCAACAGCUUAAUGAGCAACUGCGGUGCCUCGACACAAGAGUUGAGUCCCAAGUUGGAUUAAUUCAGGAAAUUCAGGAUUUCUUUCGCCGUCGUGGAGAGUUAGAACUUGACUAUAGUAAAAGCUUAGAAAAAUUUGCUCGAGGUCUACUUUUAAAACACAAGGAACAGAAACAGAAAAGAGAUCACUGGCCGAUAUUUUCAACAUUUGCCUGUUGGCAACAUUUAGUAAAAGAAACUCAAUCUUUAUCAAAAGAUCAUGCCAUAUUGGCAGAUUUGUACUCCAUAAGUAUUGUGGCUAGUUUGCAGACAACCAUUGAGGAUGUUCAACGGAUAUACAAAAAGUGUAAAUUCAUCGGGUAUGAAAUUCACGAGGAUAUUCAACGCCUACUUCAAGAACUACAUAUGACGAUGAAAACGUAUCAAAGAUAUGAGAGUGAAUGCAAAUCGGCUAAAAUAAAAUUGGUCACAGCGGAGGCACAACGAAAGAAGUUAGAGCAGACUAUUACAAAAGAGAAGCUUGAGAGGAACAAGAAAUAUAAAUUGACCGAAAAAGAAAUUGUUAAGAGAGAUACUAAAUAUAAAGAUGCAAGACUGAAAGCCCUUAAAGCCAAAACAGAGUAUCAAUUAUGCCUGGAAGCGUCAAAUACUACAAUUCAUAAAUAUUUCGUAGAAGAUUUGUGUGACCUUAUAGAUUGUAUGGAUCUCGGAUUUGGAUCAAUGAUCUCAAAAGCAAUUCUGAUGCAUGUUUCGGCAGAUCAAGGCCGCUCGAGAGCAAUCCUUCAGCAAGCAGAUAAUCUUUCACAUUUAAUACACUCGAUAGAUUGCCGAGCAGAUAAACAAAAGUUUUUAGAACACCAUCAUGCUGCGUUUAUGAUACCCAAACGACUAGAAUUGCAAUGCCAACAAGAUCAGCCCGAUAAUAUUGAAAUGGAAAUAAAGAAGGAAUUACAUUUAGACAUGGAACAGCGGCUUGAAACUUUAGGUCAAAGAUUGCGCGAUCUUCGUAUUGAGUGUGACGAGGUAUGGAAAUCGCUUGAGACCGCCGAAACAAAACUCCUAGAGCACUAUAAUAACAAGGACAAUGACAGCAGUUAUAUUUUUAAUGAAGGCAAACAGUAUUUGCUUAAGGCGCCCAACUGCAAUAUAACGCCCAAAUUGAAAGCCGAAAAACAGGACAUCGAAGAUUAUUAUAUAAUGAAGAUUCGAGAAUAUAUAAAUGGCACUUCGCGCAUAGCACGCUUAAGCGCAAAAGCAGAUUUUUUGCGGAACGUUCUAGUUAAAGAUAACUCACGCUAUUUACCUUCUCAUACAAAAGUCGUAGGAUCAGCCAGAAAGCGAAUUGGCCGCGUUAAUAUAUCUGGUCAACCAAAAUUAUUUGGUGGCUCCUUGGAAGAAUAUUUGGAAUUCACCGGCGAGGAAGUACCCCUAGUAAUGCGUAGUUGUAUCCGUGUCAUCAAUCUUUACGGAUUACAUCAUCAAGGCAUAUUUAGAGUUUCUGGCUCGCAAGUUGAAAUUUCAAAUUUCCGUGAAGCUUUUGAAAGAGGCGAAGACCCACUUGCCGAUACAAAUGAUGCCUCUGAUAUCAAUUCUGUUGCCGGUGUUUUAAAAUUAUACUUAAGGGAAUUAAGAGAACCAUUAUUUCCCAUCGUAUACUUCGAACACUUUGUUUCUAUAGCAGGAAUUCAUACAAAAGAGGAUAUCAUAACUGCAAUACGAAAUUUUUUAAGCAAUUUAUCCCCAACGGUAUUAGUCGUUAUACGAUACCUAUUCGCAUUUUUAAACCAUUUAUCGGAGUAUGCAGAUGAAAAUAUGAUGGACGCAUUUAACUUAGCCAUUUGUUUUGGUCCCACGCUUAUGCCCGCGCCCGAAGAUAAAGAUCAAGUUCAAUAUCAAAAUCAAAUAAACGAACUUAUUAAGUGCAUGAUUUUGUACCACGAUGAUAUUUUCCCCCAAGAUUUAGUGGGUUUGGAGUAUGAAAAAUAUAUAUCUCACGAGCCCUUUAUGGAUAUUUUUGUUGGUGAAUCCCCAAUUGACAAUGUUACUGAAGAUCCGGACUCAGAAAUUUGUCCCUCCGAAGAUGAAUCGGAAACUUUGGAAGCUACCGUUCAGUUCGACUUUAAAGCACGGUCUAAUCGUGAACUGUCCAUACGCAAAGGCGACAUUGUAAUAUUAAGGAAACAGGUAUCCAAUGAUUGGUGGCACGGAUCAUUAAACGGAAAGGAAGGUCUAAUACCCGAUAAAUAUAUAUCACUCAGAAUUAAAGGAGAAGAUAGAGACAAAGCCAGUGUAGAGCAGUACAUCAACAAGGACAAUAGUGCAGAUACCGAGCGGCCUGUCGAAAAUCGAAUAGAUACCCCAAACGACGAUUGCCAUGGCUACAUACAGUCUGAUAUUGAACCAAUUUUAAAUAAUACGAAAACUGAUAACGAAUUCUACGAAGAUAAUUCCUUCGACUCGUACGAGAAGCGUUCUGAGUUGCAAAUAGCCAGAAACUGCGACAAUUUAGAGAAUUUAUCACCACGAGAAUCAAAUCAAUGUACUUCUGAAUCCAAUAAGAACCAAAUUAAAACUAAUCAGAAUGCGAGCGAUGAUUUGUUCAAAACCACAGGCAUAGCAGAUAAUUUUAUGAUUUCAAAAAUGCUUACCGAAAAUGUUAAUGAUGCGAGUGCUCAUUCGUCGGAUUUGGAUACUGUUAAAACGGAGACAACGGAAGAGGAACUGAAAAAUUUAAGUGAAUUUCAAAAAAAUAAAUUCUUAUGGGAAGUUAGAUCUCGAGGUACAUCCAAGGAAUCCGGUUAUAAUUUGCUAUAUGAAAAGAAACAUAUUGCACCGGAUCUAGUUAUGGACUUGCCAAUCUCAAAAAAUAAAUCAAUUUUUGAAUGUGCUUUCCAAGCUGGGAUUCCAGAGGAUACCGAUGAAACACGACACAUAAAAGGAAAUAUUACAACUUUUAAAAAGGCCGAGCAUCCGAUGUUUUUGAAAAAAGAAAACCUUAACGACGAACUCAAUGCAGAUAAAGCUUCCCCGUCGGCAGCGGCAAAUGAAAAUCUGCAAUCUCAAAGAGAUCUCUUUAUUGUAGAAGGAAAUAAUUUAUAUGCAAAUGUUAGCUCUUCCUCGAUGUCACCGGGUGAACAUAUUUUAGAUCGUGAACUAAAGCAGUUCCAAAUUACGCACAAACAAAAUGAUUUAAAAAAUAACGAAACAACUGUGAAUGAGAGUAUAGUAGAAUCCAAUAAAAGUGACAAUAUAGAGUAAAAGUGUUGUUGAUAUAACCUUUAAGUAAUUAUGCAUAUAUUUUUUUAAUUUCUACAAUUUCUAAUAAAAUUAUAUUAACGAGUA